AUGUUUUAUAUUUUAGGUUAUUCUAGUGGUCUUGUUUGUUAUGUAUGUCAGAAUUGUGCUGAUCCUGCUGAUUUAAAUGAAUUUACAAACGAUACAUGUCCGGGUCCUUGCAUGAAAAUUUACACAUCCAUUCCAACAAUGGGUUCUUAUGUAUAUAAAGCAUGUACACAAACAUGCACAGAAAAAAGCUUUUAUUUUGGUUUUUCAAAACUUGAAGUUAAAUGUUGUAGUAAUACAGAUCGUUGUAAUACUGGUCAACAUUCAACAUAUUUUAAUCAUUUUAAUCAAUUGAUUAUGACAUUUUCCAGUGUUACUUUUUCAUUUUUAUUAUUUUAUCGAUUAACAAAACAAAAUCUUUAUCGCUAUAAACUAUUUUUUGAUGCAGUUUUAUUACACUAUACUACUUGUUUGGAUUGCUAUGAUUGUCAAAAUUGUGAAAUACCUGCUAAUGAUCAAGCAAAUACCGCUACAUGUAGUUCAUCUGUAACACAAUGCAUGAAAGUAACAGCAAAAUUAGGUACUGUUUAUACAUAUGUCCUUAAACAAUGUGGACCAUGUUAUAAUGAAACAUUUGCAUUUGGUGUCACUUUUCUACAUGUUGAUUGUUGUACGGGAUCGAAAUGUAAUGGAUCAAAUGCUUUAUCAUUCUCUAAAUUUUCAAUAAUUAUUUAUCUUCUUUUUUUUAUUAUCUAUUUCAAAUCUCUUUGGAUUGUUUUAAUCGUAUUUUGUUCUUUAAUUGUCAUCGGUGGAUUUUUCUAUCUAUUCUAUAGACUCUAUAUUAAUCAUAUUUACAAACGAAAACGACCAUGGUAUGAAAUAACAUUACCAUUAACAAAUCAAUCUGUAGAGAAAAUCAAUCAGAAUUUAAGUGCUGUAUUGCCACGACAAUCGAUGUCACCACUUAUUGAAGAAUAUCUACCUUAUAAAUUACAGAAACAAUCAAUACAAAGAAUAAUGAUAACUCAACUUCAAUUUAAUGAACCACCAUUAUUCGUUAAUAAUUUUCAAGAAGAAUGGGAUGAAAUGGAUACAAAAAGUGUAUUUUCAUUACGAUCAAUAUCUACUCGAACUUCAUAUUAUACAAUUAAAGAACAUAGUUUGUGUGAACAAUUAAUUUUUGAUGAAAAAUCUCUUGUUAAAUGUUCAUCAUUGACUUUUUCAAAUGAUUUUAGUACAUCAUCACCUUCAUCUGUUGAACAAUUAUCUUCUGUCAGUAAUUCUUCGAAACGAACAUCAUUACAAUUAUUUUUCAAACCAUUUGUUAGUUUAUCUAAGCGACUGUUAAGUAAUGAAAAACUUAUUUCAAAUCAAAAUAAUUCAUCAAAUUAUAUUGUACUUGAUAUGGAUGAUUUUAAGAAAAUAAAUAUAUUUAAGAAGGCUUCACACGUAUAA